AGCAUAUUAUUCAGCUUUUUAGUCUGUUUGGUGGUGCUAGGAACUUCAUUGGAUAUUCUAAUCAGAAAUAAUCCAAAAAAUGAUUUUGAAAAAAAGGAGAAAAAUGGAGUAUUCCACAGACAAGACUUGGUGAAAGAUUUCCUUUCCCAGACUGUACCAUGUGGAUUUUUAGCGGUUGAAAACUUUUUCUUUAUGAGCUCAGUUCUUCUCUCAUAUGUUUGCAUCCGAAUGAGAGGAAAAAUAGAUAUGAAACAAUUAUUCCUGAAGAGGUAUCUCAGGCUGACUCCAACUAUGAUGCUAGUUGUAGCAUUCUUUGCGAUUAUCGGACGUUUCGGAUCUGGACCUCUGUGGAAAGAAACUGUUACUGAUUUCUUGAGCAAGAACUGCCUAGAACGAGGAUGGAGGAAUUUGUUUUACCUUAACAACAUUUUCUAUUCGUCGAAAACGUGCUUAGGAUGGACUUGGUACUUAUCUACAGAAACCCAAAUAUUUAUAGUGAGUUUGUAUGUCUGCGCCAUCAUGAGAAGUUGCAGCUUAUAUCUGAGUGUCAGCCCUGUGAGGAGCUCUAGCUCAUUCAUAUGA